GUCGACUAGGGUGGGGGUGGGGGGUACAAUUCUGCAUGGGGGAAAACGUAUCUCGGCACCAUAGAACGCAAUCAUCAAACCGCAUUUGAAACGGCGUAAUCGAACGGAACUAUUUCUCCAGACUAGCUGGCACCGGAGACGCACAAGUUUGUCAGCCCGACCACCAGGAGGUAACCACAAAGACGAGAAACAAGAAGCUCCUUCUUCCCGAAGCGACCAGCGCGGCUGCUGACGAGACUGCGCGCUGCAGUCGAGCCCUCUGCACCAGACGCUCAACCCCCGAUCCAAACGUCCGAUCAGCGGUGACCUGGUUGGAGAAGAUAAGAUAAAGGCAGCCGCUGCCUCUCUCAGAUUUUGUCUGACUCCUGUCAUGGCAUACUCUGUGAUCAGUCGUCGUCUUGCGCUGACCCUCAACACAAACCUACGACUCACUACUUCAGGAUGCCGAUAUGCAAGCAAAGCAGCAGCAAAGGCCCAGUUGGACUUUGACUAUGAUGGACCUUCCAUGAAAACUGAAGUUCCUGGGCCAAGAUCCCAGGAACUGACAAAACAGCUGGGAGAAAUUCAGAAUGUUGCCGCCGUCAACUUCUUCUGUAACUACGAAGAGAGCAGGGGAAAUUACCUGGUGGAUGUGGACGGCAACCGGAUGCUGGACAUCUACACUCAGAUCUCCUCCAUUCCUAUUGGAUACAAUCACCCUGCUCUCCUCAAACUAAUGUCCAACCCGAACAAUCUGAGUACAGUUGUGAACCGACCCGCCCUUGGAAUCUUGCCACCUGAGAAUUUUCCGGACAAAAUCACAGAAAGUCUUCUUUCUGUGGCUCCAAGUGGAAUGACUCGUGUGCAGACAAUGGCUUGUGGCUCAUGCUCCAAUGAGAAUGCUUACAAGGCCAUGUUUAUCUGGUACAGGAAUAAAGAGCGUGGCCACACCUCACCAUCCGAUGAAGAGCUCCGUACCUCCAUGAUAAACCAGGGCCCAGGUUGUCCAGACUUGAGUAUUUUGUCUUUCAUGGGGGGUUUCCAUGGUAGAACUCUGGGGUGCUUGGCGACGACACACUCCAAAGCAAUACAUAAGUUGGAUGUGCCCGCUUUUGAUUGGCCUAUCGCCCCAUUCCCCAAACUGCAGUAUCCAUUGGAGGAGUACAGCAGAGAGAAUGCACAGGAGGAGGCUCGCUGUUUGGAGCAGGUAGAGGACCUGAUCGGAAAGUGGAGGCAGAAGGGUAAGCCUGUUGCCGGGAUUGUAAUCGAACCCAUUCAAGCUGAGGGAGGAGAUAAUCACGCCUCUGCGGAAUUCUUCAGGAGCCUCCGCAAAAUUGCCAGCAAGCAUGGCUGUGCGUUCCAUGUGGAUGAGGUACAAACCGGAGGAGGGUGCACAGGAAAGUUCUGGGCCCACGAGCACUGGGGCAUGGACGACCCCGCUGACAUUGUCUCCUUCAGCAAGAAGCUUCUGACUGGUGGCUUCUACUACAAGGAUGCAUUUCAGGCUGAUCAGCCCUACCGCAUCUUUAACACAUGGAUGGGAGACCCUACAAAGAACUUGUUGCUUUCUGAGGUCCUCAGCGUGAUUCGCAGAGAAAACCUCUUGGUGGAGGUGAACCGUUCAGGAAAAGCCUUGAUGAACGGCCUGAAUGAGUUACAGGCUCAGUACGUCGGCAUCUUGAGUCGAGCUCGAGGGCAAGGAACUUUCUGUGCCAUUGAUGUCUGUGAUGAUGCAACACGCAAUAACAUCCUUCAGAAGGCCCGGAACAAGGGUAUCCUCUUGGGAGCCUGCGGGGACCGGUCAAUCCGUUUCCGUCCAGCGCUGGUCUUCAAGGAGUACCAUGUGCACAUGUUCCUCAACCUCUUCAAUGACGUAUUGGCCCAGAUCAAAUGAACAAAUGACAGGCAAAACAACAACAUUCCGAGACAGAAUUCUGAAUAGAGGGAAGGAAACUUCCUUACCGUCCAUGACAAGAAAUGCACAAAUCACACAAAAAAACUUUGACAGGGCCAAGGUCAGUUGAGUUUACCCAAGCCACAACAAUGAUAACAAUGUCUCCGUACAUGUGAUGUCAUCAAGCUGUAAAUUCAUUUUGUAUUUCAAAUCAUUGUCAUAAUUCUAUAAAUGUGUGGGAAUGACACCAUAAUGAAGCAGAGUAAAAUCUGUCACAUUUGGGUAGAUGCUAGUGGUGAGUGGGUGAAAUAAGAACGCAAAGCCCAUCACCAAAUUCUUCAACAGCAUCACUCCUCUUGAAACGAGCUUUUCUCCAGGUAUACUUUCGUUAAGAUAUCAUACACUAACUUUCACAAACACAACCUGAUGCGUCAUCUGUCGUAUGUGCACAAUAUUCCACUCAAUAACUCCAAUGAAUGUGGUGGAAUCUGAUAUCAUCACAUGAAAACAUAGUAAAGCAACUUAUUUUGAGUUAAAAGUCAGCACUAGCUAAUCUCUCUAAUGUAGGGCCUUUUCUCACUGCACUUGGGGCAGCAAAAGGACGGUAAAGGCUUACCCAUAUUUGGAAGCGCUUGCAUCAGUAAAGUAACAGGGAGGCUUAUUCUAUGAGCACUCUGAAAUCACUCUGCCAACCAGUUUACGCAUGGAUGCGCCGCCUGACGUCGCCGCGGCAUCGCUCUGGAAUUGAACAUUUUUCAUUCACAAUUAAUGGGUUCGUUGCUGAGUGCAGUUUGAAAAGCCCUUUACUUGUCAGAGCCUUGACAAGAAGUGUUAGGCCCGCGUUGACUUCUAACAAACAGUGCAAUUAAUUUUGUCCACAAUUUGUGGAGGGUUUUUUUUCUUUAGUUCUGAAUGACUUGUGAAACAGGCAAGAACAGCGCAACACCAUCCCUUUUAAAACUAGCCAUCUUAAAAGUGUCAGACUGUUAUUUUAGACAACAUUAACGACAUGGAAAUUAUGCCAAUUAAUAUUCCGACCUCCAACUAUCUGCUCAGAGCAACAUACAAUUCAUUUUAGCACUCAUACACUGAUAGGCCAUCCAAUCACUAAAGUUAGCGCGAAUGCUUUUUUUGAGAUGGCAAAUAGUCAUUCAUGAUGCAGGAGUUUAGUGUUAGUGGUGAGUACAAUGCCAGGCUGCAUGUCAGUGUCCCACUUGAAAUGUCCAUGCCAUGAUUCUGCCUGUUAUCUUGCUACCUGUAUUAAUAGAAAUGACUCCGCUUGAAAUGUUGUUGCCCAGAUAAAUGCCAACCUUAAAUUGACCAGGAAAAUGUCUCAAGAUAUUUAGUGCCUGCAUGAUAUUUGGUAUAUAUACAUAUUUUUUCAGUAUUACUUUUGUAUACUCGAGCAUCAAUUGCGGCUAGUCAUGAACACCCUUUCACAUUUGUUUCGAUGAAUGGAACAGACUGCAUUUCACAGCUAGCACUCUGUAGUGCUUAUUUCAGAAAUAACAUGUUUAACGAAUAAAGUAAAUAAAGACAAAGCCCACAUGUAGUUUACUAGCUACGGCUAAACUUGUCAAUGAUAUGUAAUCCAAUUGCAAAGUAUUUGGUUUUUUUUUUACACAAACCUUGAAGGAUAAUGAUGCUCUUUUGUAAACAUGGACUUUUUCUGUGCUCAAAGAUUCUACCGGUGCAAAUUUAAACCAAGUGGAAUAAAGUUAUUGAACUUAAGAAAGUUGUUCGUGGGUGUGUAUGAAAACGUGAUUUUGACAAAGAUGUAGCACAUAAUGUCUAACAGCUUUAUAGUACGGGCAUACAUAAAUGUUGGUGUAAUGUCAAAAGAUGCAGGAAAUGUGUUUUAAAGAUUGCUACAUGUCAAACCAUCUUUCAUGCAAUCUUUUGAGCAAGUGUCAGAAAUGUGUAUCCAGUAAGAUAACAUCUGUCUUGUAUGAAUUAUCUUAACUAAGUGUAUGUUGAAAUCUCCGGAGAAGCCGUUUGGUUGCUUAACACUGAGGAAUAUUAUGGUAAUAAUACUGCUCCACUCCUAAGUCAGGAUCAUAAAGAGGAAAGGGAUGCAGAUAAGCUUCUUUAAGCAUUUUGCACUCAUGAUCUGAUCUAGAUGAUUAUUGAUGUAAUUAUUUUAGAUGGCUAUAACUGUUGUCUCUAAUCUAUACACUGUCAAUGUACUGUGACAAAUAAAUGACAUUUUGGCUAACUUA